UUGAGUGGCCACCUUUGCUAAUACAGCUUAGGCAGAAUGGCGAAGGGGCGACAUUGGUGGUCCGGGGUGUGAAUCACGGUCGAUUUAACGCUGACCUCUUUAAGUCUGACUCGCAUGCCACUCAACCCAUAGAUACUCCAUGUGUCCAUGCCCCGCAAUCAUUCAAGAGUUUUACCAUUCCUUCGCCCUCGACCUCAGCUGCACCCAGAUGCAAAAAAUCCGACAUCGAUGCCACCUGAGAUUUGUACUGCCCAAGAUGUAGCCCAUCGGCCUAUCUCCUGCCGACCAGACUCUAUCCUCCUCCCAAGGCUGAUCGAAUUCCUCGUCGGACUGGUCAAUAGCCUCGAUAUCGCUGGCGUGUCUUGUCGGGAUGCCUCGGAAAGUAUGGAAAUGAUGUCUUUCCGAGGCGAAGAGGACGUGAGCGAGUAUGCCUAUGAGGUCUUUUCAGCUAUACAUUCUAUUGUUCGGGCUAUUGCUGGUCCCAUCGGUGCGGUCCGUCAGCAUGUCGAGGAAACUACGACCUUGCAAUUACCGACGAACGGGGUGCCCAUCCAAGUCUGUUCUGCCAACGAUAAGGCUUAUUAUAUAUGGCUGUAUGCGGAGUAAGCCAUUCAGUCUUGACGCGACAAGGAAGCAAACUGGCGCCAAGGCUCUGGCUGUGAAAGUUUGUGUUUUAUCGAAGUAAUCAUUUUCUUCGUCGCUAUCUCACUCCGAAGCCUAUGCCGCUUGCGCUGCAAAUGGCGACCGCAAAAAGCAGAGUAUGGGUUUUGCUUUGCGGGAUACAUCGUUAAUUUGGCACAACUGAGUGGGUUUUUCUAAAUUUCCCGGUCUUUCAGUUGAUUUACCUGCCAUUUCUAAUCCUCUCUCCCGAUCCUGCUCCUUUCGCUCGUUUUCAAACUCCAAAACACAAGUCUUCCGUAUCCAAACCCAUUGACGCAGUUCCAGGCUAAGAUACCUACCGA